UCACAUUCUACAUAAGUGUUGAAUAACACUUAGUCGAUUAUUUUCAAACAUCAUACUAUAGUGGUCGUAUACAUUCUUAUUCAUUAUUCGACGACUAGUGAUUGAUGUGUUUUCAAUUACAUCAAUUGAGAGCUAUGCGCAUGCGUAAGUUGUAUUAUGAAAGACACUGUAAUUGAGACCACACGAGUGAGUAGUGAAGACAAAACGACUUUCUGUUUACAAAAUAUGUGGUACCGCCAAUGACAGCGUGAAUUUUUUAUAUGAAGAACAAGCACAUAAAAGACACAAAAUGGCACCCAACCUCUCUGAAACCGAUAAAAGUAAAGUUAAAAAAUACAGACAUUCAGUAACAUUUGAAAUGAACGCCGACAAAACAAAUAGAUUACAAAAGAAUGAUAAGAGAAAAAGUUGUCUUCAAAAAAUGUAUGCUACAUUACCUACAGCUUCAGAACUUAAACAAUACGCAUCAAUCACUAUAUGCGUUAUUCUUCUAUGGGGUACAUCUUGGUUCAUUUUCAAAGGUACCGUCCUGCCUGGAACUGAAAUAUUUAAUAUGGCAGCUCUAGUCAUUAUAGGAUAUGUGUUUGGUCACACUUUGGAAAGAUAUACAACAAUAACCCCUGUGGUUGGAAUGACUCUAGUCGGUGCCUUGUUUCGGACGUUUUAUGGAAAAAACUUUCUAGAAAAUUCCACUGUAGACGCAAUAGAUUAUCACCUCAGGCGAAUUUAUCCUGUCAUAAUCUUAACAAAAGGCCCACUUUCUUGGAACUGGAAUUAUAUAAAAAGAAAUUCGGUAAAAGUUUUCACAUUGGCAACACUCCCCUGGAUUGUCGAGUGUUUGACUACGGCGUUUCUCACUCACAUGCUCUUCGGGUAUCCUUGGUAUUGGGGUAUACAUCUCGGAGCUAUAUUAGCUUCGGUAUCCCCUGCAGUAGUAGUACCUACAACUCUAGAACUCAAUACAAAAGGAUUUGGCUUAAAGAAUCAGAUAGCACUACUCGUCGCUAAUGCUGGUGGCUUAGACACAGCUUUUACUGAGGGAAUGUUCGGAGUUAUCAACAGCGCCGUAUUCUCUCAAUCUGCCCCCAUUUACCGUAUAGUUAAGGCACUGCUUGCUGUCUUCGUCGGAAUCGGCUUGGGUAUAGCGUGGGGAGUGUUGGCAGAUUAUCUACCCGACCACAGUGACUUUUAUGCUCCAACAAUUCGAAGUCUCCAUAUUUUUGCUGGUGGUAUCUUCAUUAUGUACGCAGCUGGAUAUUUUAGUUGGGGUGGUACUUCCGGCGUAGCAAUAAUGGUGUGCGCAGGAGCAGCGGCUACACGAUGGUCGCGCCGCGGUUGGCCAAUUAACAAUAAUCCUGUGUCUGAAGUUUAUAAAUUACUUUGGAGGAUUUUUGAACCGAUGCUCUUCACUCUCAGCGGUUACUUUUUAGAGGUAUCACAAAUUACACCUAAGGAUUUUGGGUUAAUGGUGGCGUGCAUAUUUUCAGCGCUUGCCUUAAGAAUGCUUACCGCCUUUCUAGUUGCGGUCGUUAAUGGGUUAUCACUAAAAGAGGGUAUUUUCAUUGCCAUUGCCUGGACACCAAAAGCCAUCGUAGAGGCUGUUUUAGUUCGUGUAGCCACAGACUCCUUAUGGACAGAAGGCACCACUCCACAAGACAAGUUUAUAGCCACGCAGCAUUCAAAUAUGAUAGUCAUAGCUAUUUUAACAACGUCCACGUUAGGUUCAGUACUAACAACAGUUUUGGGACCAGUUUUACUUUCUAAUGACGCGAAAGUCGUACCAGAAGAUAUCUAUCGACCACAGACACUCUCUCCACCCUCCGACUCAAAUAGAGAAAACAACAAUUUAGAUAACUUGCAAUACAUAGAUGCACAAUAAAAAUUUAAACAUA